AUGAGUCGUCUGGCCGGUUGGUUUCGCUCGGGCACUGCGACCCCGGCUACAGAUGCAAACAGCGAUGCUGGUUCCAUCUCCACCAAGGAUAACAUGGCCAGGGAAAUGGAGGACAUUGACGACGCCAUGGCUUCCUGCGGCCUCAUUAUGAAUGACGAUAUCGACGGUGCAUGGGAGAGGCUUCAGACGGGCGACUCAUCCUUCCACCAGCUCGGUCUGGCUGUCACUAUCUUUAUGCGCUCAGUGCUAGGCUUCGAAAAGGCGGUCAUGACAGAGACCACUACCAAACUAGAUGAGUGCGAAGCCAAGGCAUGGGCAGACUACAAAAAGGCUCAGAAGCACGGAAAGGCUCGUGCGGGAAGCAAAUUGUACCCUCCAGGCACCGAGUUUGAGCUUGUGCGCGCUGAGACGCAGCUUAUGGGUGCCGUCGUUGGUGUUUUGCACGAGAGUCUCAUUGAUGCUAUGAAGAGCUUCCUCAAGCUUCGCAAGGCAUUCAUGACGCUCGAUGCCAUCAUUGAAGCCGAGACAAAGAUUCUCGGUAGCAUGCCUCAAGCUACUUCCGAGGCAUCUCUGUCCGCCAAGCCAGUUACUGAUGUGACAAAGAGUAUGGAGAAGCUCGAUAUUGAGUCAGCAUCUGGUACUCAAACGCCUGCCAACGUGGACUCCUCAAGCUCUUCAAAUGCAGGAACAAAUGAAGACGAAAAGGUUGAUGAAGGAGCACCACUCAAGGAAGCUAGGUCAAAGGCCACCGAGUCCGAUUCUGUUCUUCUCGAGAACCCCCUCGACAUUUUCGUUCACUCUGGUGCAAACAUGUGCUUUGGUAUGAUCCUUCUUAUGCUGACCCUCGUCCCUCCUGCUUUCACCCGUCUACUCUCAGUCGUCGGCUUCCGUGGUGACCGCGAGCGUGGUGUCCGUAUGCUUUGGCGCUCUACGUCCUACUCCAACGUCAAUGGUGCUAUCUCCGGUCUUAUCCUGCUGUCUUACUACAAUGCUCUUCUCGGCGCCGUCGACAUUCUCCCCAGUGCCAACGACUUUGAUGACGGCGCCGAAAUUGUUGGUCCCCCUCGCGCAAAAUGUGAGAAGCUCCUUGCAUCUAUGCGCUCUCGAUACCCCGACUCUCGACUUUGGCUUAUCGAAGAAGCCCGUCUGUACAGCAACGAGCGUAACGUCGCCAAGGCUGUCGACGUCCUUACUUCUGGCGGUGAGUCCAAGAUGAAGCAAGUUACCGCUCUCAACAACUUUGAGCUCUCCCUUAACUCUAUGGCGAUGCAGGACUGGGUCCUUAUGCGGGACUCGUUCAUGCGCUGUCUGGAGCUCAACGACUGGAGCCAUGCUUUGUAUUACUACAUGGCCGGUAUCGCUUCCGUGGAACUCUACCGUGACGCCGUAGCCGCGGGAGAUGAGGACGAGGCCCGUCGUCAAAAGGUCAAGGCUGAAGAGUAUCUCCGCAAAGCGCCCGGCGUAGCGGGUAAGAAACGCUUCAUGGCGCGCCAGUUGCCCUUUGAGGUAUUCGUGCAGCGCAAGAUCCAGAAGUGGGAGGACCGCGCUAAGAGCUUGAGUGUGGACCUUGCUGAUGCUAUUGGCGCGAGUCCCGCGGCAGAAAUGAGUUACAUGUGGAACACCAUCAAGCGUAUGGGCCCAGCCGAGCUUGAGAAGGCGGUGGGUGGCAUGAGCUGGGACAGGUGUACUGCUAAGCCAGAGGUGGUGGAGAAGAUCAAGGCCGAGAUUGAUGAGAUGGGAUCAUGGGCGCUCAUCACAGCGUCACUAUACAGGAACCAGAAGAAGUUUGUUGAGUCCAGGGAAUUGCUGGAGACACACGUCUUAAAACACGACCGAUUUUCUUUCAAGGGCCCAACAAAAGACGACUACGUUCUCGCAGCAGGAGUAUACGAAAAGGGCGCCAUCGCCUGGUCCGAGUGCUGCAAUCCACCAGAGGGAACACCUGAGGAGAUCGCAGCUUACCGAAAGGAAAAGUAUGACGAGUGUGUUAAGCAGAUGGACGUUGCCAAGGUGUGGGAGGCGUUUGUUCUCGACACUAGAAUUGGCAUGAGAGUCCAGAGCGGUAUUGAGACACUCAACUGGUUUGCAAAGAAGAUGGGAUACAAAUAG